AUGACCGUCGCGCAACAGUCGAUCCCUCGCGGGAGCGAUUUUCCGCGCAUCACCGCAAAUCCCGCUGGUCGUUUCGGGCUGCAUCUGAUUCAAGGCGACGCCUUCAACCCCCGGCUGCAAGACUCGUCGAACACGCCCGUAUCAUUCGCUGACGUGGCGAUUCCCUCCUCGAUGCACCUCGACGAUUUAAUUUCCGAGUAUCUCGAAGAAGGCGAUCAGGAUCGCGACGCGCUCGACGGCUUGAUGCUGAGAACAGAGCUCCACGGAUCGCUGGCAGCCAUGGAUGACUCCGUUGAGCGCGCUCUCUACGCUGACGUCAUUGCCGCGAUGACCGACGCGCGCGCGAAAUUGUCGUGCGACGACAUCCCGUCGCAGGAGCUGCGCGGGAGCAGCCUGAACGCGGCGGUCGCAGGGCGACUGCGUGCGAUGGGGUACGACGCGGCGGUGUGCACGACGCAGUGGGACACCUCUCCCACCAUGCCCGAGGGAUCAUACGAGUACAUCGACGUCCUUACGUCCGCGAACCCGCCCGCUCCCUCGCACGCAUCCGCCUCUCCCUGUUCCACCCUCGUAGAUUCCAUCUUCCACCGUUGUGACAACAUAGCCUCCCCUCCUCCCACCUUCUCACGAACCAAUUCCCCCACCAUUGUCACCCGCGCCUCCCCUUUCCUGACUAGCGCCUUCUCCGCUUCCGCCAACAGCGCUUCCGCCGCCCCCGCUUCCGCCGCCGUCCCCCAGCGUUUCAUCAUAGACGUUGAUUUCCGCGCGCAGUUCCAGAUCGCACGGCCCACGCGCGAGUACGCGGCGGCGCUCGAAUCCACGCCUUUAAUCUUCGUCGGGAGGUCAGAGCGGCUGGCGCGGCUGGUGGAGGUGGUAUCUGGCGCGAUGCGCGGGGCUUUAAGGGCGCAAGGCAUGCACGUUCCGCCGUGGCGCAAGUGGGAGUAUCUGCAUGCUAAGUGGAUGGCUGCGGUCAGUCAGAGAGUGGUGUGCGAGGCGAAGGGGUUGACUUACGAGAAUUUUCAAAGUGCGAGCGGGGGAGCAGUGGGGGGGGAUAAGGAGAAGGCGGAAGUGGAUGGUGAUGGUUACGGUAGCGAAGGAGCAGUGACUGGGGAUCGGGACGCUUCAACCCUCUCUGUUAUCACCUCUCCUACUGUCUCUGCUGACUGUUCCGUUGAUGUCCCGGUUGCUCCUGCUGCCAGCCCAUUUGCUGCUCGUACUGCCCCAUCUGCUGCCACUGCUGCUCCAGCUGGAAGAUUUCACGCAUCUGCCGUUUCUAGUGCGAUCGCAGCUGCUGCUGUGGCUGCACACACAUCAUGCCAGCAGCAGCAGAACCGCAAUCUACAAUUCUCAACUGGAGUGGAUGCUGGUCUUUUCCAAGCCCGCUUCCUUCUCCCAGCCAUGGAAGGCCAGCAGGCUGACGAGGACAUGCCUCAGGCUGGCUCAGAUGAGCCACCGUUACCGCCGAAAGCCACGGAGCCACGCUCGGGGCUUGAUUUUCUUAGAGGUUCCGCUGCUCCAGUAACACCGGAUCCACCUAGGUCUACCGUAGAUGAUUCUGCAGUUAAAGACACGCCCACGGCCACACCUGAAGAGUCUCCCCGGGAGGCCGCCUUCACUAUACCCCCGGCUGUUGCUUAUUGCAGCAAAGAUCCCCAACCGACCGCGCCAAGUCCCACACCAAGCACCGUGCGGGUGUCCGUUGGUCCUCCGUCGGCUACCUCCACACCGAAGAGAGCGCGUUCAGGGAAGUGGGCGCAGCAUACCCUGCUCGUCGGAGGCCGCCGACUUUCUGAUUCGAACACUCCGGCUGAUCCACCACCUGCUGCAUCUGCACCGCCAGAGGAAGAUGUGUUCCCGAUCCGCGCGGACACCGGCUCGCCCGCCCUCACCAAGGCGCAGCUGCGGGAGCAGAUGUUCGUGGAGGCCAGCAUCAUGUACGAUACGAGGUGGUCGGGACAGUUCUCCUGGCUUGUGUUCGGAAAAACCAAGAAUGGGUUUCCCUAUGUGAAGUGCAGUGUCUGCAUGGCCUACGGGAAGGAGAACACGAGGUACGCGAGGCAGGGUGAUGACGGAGGCCGUGACAUGCAGACGCAGACGUUUCGCGCACACGAGCACACGGACGCGCACAAAGCGGCUGUUGACCGGCAGCUGAAGAUUGCGAGAGGCAUCCGCGAGGGGCAGCAAGUGAUUUCGAACUUCAUCAACUCGGACGUCGAGGGCAGGCGCGCCGUCCGACUGUUGCGGGAGGCGCUGGCUGUUAAGGACGCGGCGACGUCCAACCCCGACCUCGGCAUGGUGGACAAGGUGGUGCGCACCGUGGCGGCAAAACUAGGAGAUUCUUCAGUCUGGAGCCAACGGUUCAAGUACCUGCAGCGUGUGAUCUACAACACUAACCUCGAAGUCCAGGGGAUCCACACGGUUCGCUGGCUCUCACGUGGAGAUGCGGUGCGACGGCUGUGCAAGGUGCUCGGUGCGUGUAUCGUUCUUCUCUGGGAGCGGAGUCACAAGGUGUACGAGAUCGUCACGUGCUACAAGUUCCAGUUUUGCCUGUUCUUCCUCGCCGACAUCCUCGCCGACAUGAACGACCUCAACCGCUGUUUCCAGAAGCGAGAUAUUGAUGUGACGGAGAUUGCGAAGACCAUCGAGGCCACCACGGCGGAUCUGACUGAGCGGUAUUUGGAUACCGACAAGCAGUUCGGUGGCGAGGGCAAGUGCUGGCUGGUCGGCUUUCUGAAGCUGCACGGGCAUGGUGGAGGCAAGAAGGUCCGUGUGAGAGGCGUGGACGGGGAGGGACGCCCAGUGAACCAUCUGUACACCAUGCACGAGCGGAAGCUCCCGGGGCACAAGGUGGGGAGCGGAUACGAGGAGUGCGUGAAGCUGUGCCGCAGUUUCGCCCGCGAUUGCGUGGACAAUCUCAACGAGCGGCUUGAUGACCUGGGGAAGCUGGGGCCGACGAAGCUGUUUCGGGCCGGAAAGUGGCCGAAGAUCAAGGCACAACGGGAGAAGAAGUGCCGUGAGUGGCUUCUGGGAUGCAGCAAACUCUUCCGCCACCAGCUGCCGGGAUUCGACCUCAAGGCCGCAGAGAGGGAGCUUCCCACAUUCUGUGCGAUCAUGGAGGCGCACCACGAGCUGGAAAGCUUCACGCAGGGACUGACCAACAUUCUCAGGAGCGCGGACUCGAAGAGGUCUAUGAGGAGGAGGCGCCCCGCAAAGAGCGUGAAGCUUGCUGUGGCUGAUCGCGAAAGGAGGGGGAAAGCAAAGGAGGGUGAAGUCGAAGCAGGAGCUGCCCACCAAAACGAUGGGGACGAGGACGAGGAGGAGGAGGUGGAUGUGGAACAGGCCCUGGGCGACGAUCAGGAGCUUGUGGGGGAGGAGGAGGAGGACAAUCCCUUCCUUUCGGACGAUGAGGAUGUGGAGGAAGUGUUCCACAUCGAUAGGCCUGUGCACUAG